AUGAAUAAGUUUGAAAAAAAAAAAAAAGAUGAGGAGAAAAAUGUAACUAGUAAUAUUAAAAAAUUCAUGUUUAAAAAUGAAUAUAAGUAUGUGGAUGCAACCAAUGUUUUAAAAAAUAUUUUUUUAAAAGACAAAAAAAAAGAACAGUCUUCCAAAAGCAUCACAACUGUAAAAAAGUAUAUAGUAAAUAAAAAUCUCAGUGAUUUCAUUCAUAAUAAAAAAAGUAGCAAUUUAGCUGUGUUUCAAAAAGGAGAUAAAAAAGUUAAUUCCACAAGUAAAGGUAUUAAACACUUAAAAAAAGAAAAUACUCUGAACACUGAGCUUUCUAAGAAGUAUGAUGUAGCAAAAAGGUCUCAUAACAAUAAUGGAAAAAAAAGAAAUAACACUCCUUUGCAUUUGAUUCAAAAUGCUUCCGUAAAAGGUAAUGUAAAUACCCUAGUGCCGCAAGUGCGAAAAAGGAAAAUCUUCUCUUCCUCAGAGGAGGAAAUGGAGGAAGAGGUGGAAGUGGAGGAAGUGGAAGAAGAGGAGGAUGUGGAGGAAGAGGUAGAAGUGGAGGAAGUGGAGGAAGAGGUGGAGGAGGAGGAAGUGGAAGAAGAGGAGGAAGUGGAAGAAGAGGAGGAUGUGGAGGAAGAGGUAGAAGUGGAGGAAGUGGAGGAAGUGGAGGAAGAGGUGGAGGAAGAGGUGGAGGAAGAGGUGGAGGAGGUAGAAGUGGAGGAAGAGGUGGAAGUGAAGGAAGAGGUGGGAGAGAUAGAAGAGGAGGAAGUGGAGGAACUGGAGGAAGAGGAGGAAGUGGUAGAAGAGGAGGAAGUGGUAGAAAAGGAGGAAGUGGUAGAAGAGGAGGAAGUGGUACAAGAGAUGGGAGAGAUAGAAGGGGACGAAGCGACUGAAGAGGAGGAAAAGGUAAACGAGGACAAUGAACAAGAACACUCUUCGAAGGCAUGCAUUGAAGAGGAAGGGAUCCUUUGCGAAGAAAUGAAAGAAAAGAAAGAACAUAUAAGGAAAAUGGUGGAAGAAAAAAAUAAUAGAAGGAUGGAUGCUGUGGAUUCAGUUUUAGAUGGAGAGAUAAAUGAGAUGACGCACAGGGUGAUGAAUGAUGGAGAAGAUAAAGCUGACGAACUAUUAAAAGAUGCCAAUGUCUCCCAUAGGGAGGAGGGCGAUAUACUAGAGCAAGAAUUCCUCCUUUUGAAAGAUGAAUUAAAAAAAAAAAAUUCGGAAUAUUUAUUACUUGUAAAUAGAAUCAUGGAAAGUUUAUUGAAAUAUGAUGAUUUUCAUAAGCAUGUCAGAAAUAGCUUAAAACAGUACUAUCUAGACAAUAAUAUUGAUACAAAUUGCAAUUCUGUUAAUGAAAUUGAAAUAAAAAAUGAUACUAAGGAUUCUGAAAUUUUAUGUGAAAGUAAAACAUUAGUAAGCAAUUUUGUCAUCCAAAAGGAUGAGUAUGGCAAUGUGAAAAACAAAAACAUAUUGGCUUGUGAAGAGGACAAGUCAAAAAAAGGAAAGUAUAAAACUAACGCGCGAAGCGAUAUAAAUAACAGUAAUGAAAGUGAAACUUUAAAAAGCAAAGCUGGUAACACAAAAGGACAAACGAAAAGAAAUACCGCUGGCCGAUGUGUGUCUUGUGUCAGUGAUGAGAUUGUGGACAUGCCGGAGGUCGAAGUGGGUGAAGAGGUUGAAGUGGGUGAAGAGGUUGAAGUGGGUGAAGAGGUUGAAGUGGGUGAAGAGGUUGAAGUGGGUGAAGAGGUUGAAGUGGGUGAAGAGGUUGAAGUGGGUGAAGAGGUUGAAGUGGGUGAAGAGGUUGAAGUGGGUGAAGAGGUUGAAGUGGGUGAAGAGGUUGAAGUGGGUGAAGAGGUUGAAGUGGGUGAAGAGGUUGAAGCGAGUGAAGAGGUUGUAGUAGUCGAAGCCAAAGUGGCAAAAGACGUCGAAAAAAUUGCAAAGGUGCAAAAUGAGGAGUUAACCAAAAUAAAGGAAAGAAAAAGUACUCAAAAUAGUGACGAUGGUGAAAAUGAAAAUAAAAUCAAGGGAAUAGGCUUUGACAAAAAAGGAGAAAUUAAGAAUGGUGUGGACAGUAGCAAAGGGGGUUUAGUAAGUGUGGGCGAAGGGGACGAAGAGAAACAUGGAAAACUAGAGGAAGAUGAAGGUGGAGAAGAAGAUAGUGGAGAAGACGAAAGUGGAGAAAACGAAAAUGGAGAAGAAGAGAGUGGAGAAAACGAGAGUGGAGAAGACGAGAGUGGAGAAGACGAGAGUGGAGAAGACGAGAGUGGAGAAGACGAGAGUGGAGAAGACAAGAGAGGAGAAGACAAGAGUGGAGAAGACGAAAGUGGAGAAAACAAAUGUGAAGAUGGCAAGAAAAAAGAUGAAAAGGAUGAAAACGAUAUAAAUUCAGAUAGUGAAGAAGAUAAGGAAUCUAAAAUAUUAAAAUGGGAGACUAAAACUAAAAAUGAUGAAGGUAGUGAUGAAGAUAGCGAUGAAAGCAGUGAUGAAGAUAGCGACGAAAGCAGUGAUGAAGAUAGCGGUGAAGGAAGUGAUGAAGAUAGAGAUGGAGGCAGUGAUGGAGAUGGAAAUGAUCAUAGCAACGAAUGUAAUGGUGAAGAAAGCAAGGGAAGCGAAAGUGAAAUGCAAAAAAAUGAAACCAAGAAGAAAAUUAAUCCAAGUGGAAGUAGAGAAUGUGACGAUAUGCAUAGCAUGAAUGAGGAAGAAGGGGAAAAUGGUGUACCUGGAAAUUACACAAUAAAAAUCAAAAGAAAUCAAAGGGAAAAGAAAAACGGUGGUAGCGAUAACAAUUAUGAGGAAGUUAAAGGUGGCGAUGUUGAUGAUGAAGAUAAAAGGUGUGGCGAAAGCCAAAAUGAAGAGGAGAUAUUAAGGGAAGACGCAAAAGAAUAG